UUAUGAUAUUUUUUCUGGACCAAUGCCUAGGUAGACGAGUGCAAGGUUUACAUGCGAUGUGAGAGGACGCUGCGAUGACGUAAUCACGUCCAGCUGGAGCUUCAGCUCUGAGCAAGAGAAGACCUUUCGUUUAGGCAUCAACUCUCGUCUCCCAAUUCGCAGACCUAAACGUUUGCAUUGCAGAAGCUUACUGGAGAGCGCGCGAAUAGUAGAACAGGUCCAUCUCAAGAUGCUACCAGCAGCACGAUGGUCGCUAAGACUGCCUCGACUGCCUCGACCACAUAUUCGAACAUUGGCAUCGCGUGUCACACCUCCACCACCAGGACCUCGCGGCCGUCUACCAAAACACACUCCCCCGCAGCGGAGGGAGCCAGCAAGCUCGUCUAAACAGUCAGACAGCGAACCUGCAUCGUCCAAUACCCCCAACGAGCCCGCGCAAGAUGCCUCGAGCCCGCCCUCCAAGGUCGAGGCUGUGUCAAAUGCCCUCGCGACAACGCCCGACUCAGAGAACAACCUCGUGACUCCCGUCUACAUGCCCGAAGACCCGCAUGCCGUCCUCCGCGAAACCCACCCAGCGAUGCGACUGCUCGACAACUCGGCCAUUGUCGUGCAGCGGCAGCUGGAGAUGAUGAACGUGCUUAUGGGCUUCGAGCAAGCGAAUCGCUAUGUCAUCAUGGACCCGCACGGCACACACAUAGGAUACCUGGCAGAGCAGGAACACGGUGUGGGCAGUGCCGUGGCACGACAGAUGUUCAAGACGCAUCGCAGUUUUACCACGCACGUCUUUGACCGGGAGGAAAAGGAAGUGCUGAGGUUCCACAGGCCCUUCAGCUGGGUCAAUUCGCAGAUACGCGUCUACGAUGCUGUGGGCAAAGAUGGUGGCGCCUACACUACCUCUAGCAGUCUGCAGGGCACGAGCACGAGCAGCGUGGUGAACCAGACAGCCGCCAACGUCUCGAACUUGGCACUACGCGACAUGAGGAUCAUCGGUAGCACUGAGCAAGAGUGGGCACCGUUGAGGAGAAAAUACAACAUGUACUUGGCCAGGGACCUUGAGGCGGUAGCUGCCACGCCACAGAUUGCGUCCGGCGACCUGCCCCUAUCUAGCUCAAAAGCUGUCGCGAUAGCAGAAGGCGACACGAGAGAAGUCGGCAUGCUGCAAUUUGCACGCGUGGAUGAGCAGUUUCUCUCGUGGGACUUCAGCUUGAUGUCAGAAGACGGCCGCUUGAUAGGCUCCGUCAACCGCAACUUUGUAGGCUUUGCACGAGAACUAUUUACAGACACUGGCGUAUACGCCCUCCGCAUGGACGCUGCGGGUAUCACGAACGACCCAUCGCCCCCCACCCCACAGAGUGGCAUGACUCUCGAUCAACGUGCCGUCAUGCUUGCCACCGCCGUCAGCAUCGAUUUCGACUACUUCAGCCGCCACAGCGGCGCAGGUGGUAUGGGCAUGUGGCCUAUGUGGAUGCCAUGGUUCGGCGGCGGCAGCGAAGCAGCUGGUGGCGCCGCGACAGGUGGAGCAGCAGCAGGUGAGGCUGGUGCAGGGGCUAUUGGAGCCGCCGGCGAAACAGGCAUUGCGAGUGAAGUUGGUGCUGCGGCGCGAGGACUCGGGACCACCGAGGGAGCAGCAGUCGGUGCUGGCACUAUGGCAGGAUAUGAAGCUAUGCAGAGGGGAAGACAACAAGGAGACGACCAGUCACCGCAGGCUUCUGAUCCGUAUCAGGCUUCGCCUGAGCAGCCCUCCGGAACAGGGCAGGGUGGCGACGACGUAUGGGGUCAGACAAAAGACCCUUGGGCAGACCAGGGGAGCCAAGAACCCGGGCAAGACUUCUGGGGUGGUCAAGGUGGUCAGGGAGGUGAUAGUGGCGGCGGUGGUGGUGGUGAUGGAGGAUCAGACUGGAGUGACUGGUUCUGAGGGGAGUUUGUAUGAUCAUGACUUGUAUCACCACAUUGUUAUAUAGCAUGGAAUAGCUUUGCAUAGCACAGCGCAACGUGGAUACUAGAGUAGCUGGUCUUAGACGCAACUCUGCGUUGUAAAGAUCAAGCUUUGCUGAGCGAAGUCCACUUUCCCCUCGAUUUCCCCAGAUUCGGCAGCCAACGAUUCAGCAUAUUCUCCGAAGCUUGGUC